GCCUGCACCAAUAGCGGGAGCCCGACUUUCGCCCUCUUGUCGUUUUACGGUGUGUAACAGAGAACGAGGAAACCCGAGAUCCGGUAUCCUAUCCCCGGUUCCUUAAAGGCUGUACCUCUACAGAUGGCUGAAACAGAGAGUCCUAAACGAGAUCCAAUUUCUCCUGAGAGAGAGCAGCAAUCACAACUUACAGAUGAAGAGGAUAUUGGCAAAGACUGUAACUCUGACAAAGAAUUUGAUGAAGAGGACAAAACUAAAACAUCUGCCCUAGAAGAAGUGAAUGGGGCUGAUAUAAGUCCUUCCAGGACUACUAUUCAGUCAGAUGAGGAGGAUCGUUUGAGUGAAACAAAACCUCAGGACUCUGAUAAUGAGCAGAAUCAAACCGAACUUGGAAAAGAUUCCCCUAAACCCAAAAAAGAGAAUGAGAUUGGUGUAAAUGAUCUUCUUGAUGAAGCUUCCUCUGUAAUACGUGAACUUGAUGAACAUGAAUUAGAUUAUGAUGAGGAGGUGCCAGAAGAACCAUUAGGUCCUCUUCAGGAAGAUGAGGCUGAUAAAUUUGGAGAUGAAGAUGAAAAGGAGAAAGUAGAAGACUCUUCCACUGAUGAGAAGAAAUCAAAUGAAAGGAAAGAAGAUAAAGAUGGUGCUGAACCUUCAAAAGAAAAGAAGAAAGCAGAUGAUGACGGAGAAAUUGAUGAAGGAGAAAUAGAUGAUGAUGACCUGGAGGAAGGUGAAGUGAAAGAUCCAACUGACAGAAAAACAAGACCUAGACUUACCUGCCGAUUCUUCAUGAAAGGUAAUUGCACUUGGGGCAUGAGUUGCCGAUUUAUACACCCUGGAAUGAAUGAUAAAGGGAACUAUUCACUGAUAUCCAAGCCAGACCCCUUUUCCCCCAAUGGUACGCCGCCUGUUGUUCCACAUGCACAGAUGCCGGCAAAUCCUUGGGGGACACCAGCUGUUGAAGAGCUUCUUCCUCCACCUCUUCCAGAUCCACCAGCAGAGAGUGCAUGGGAAAGAGGACUGAGGCAUGCAAAAGAGGUUCUGAAAAAAGCCACAAUUAGAAAAGAGCAAGAGCCUGACUUUGAGGAGAAACGAUUUACUGUGACUAUUGGCGAAGAUGAUCGAGAAUUCGACAAAGAGAAUGAAUUUUUUUCCAGAGACUGGAAUUACCGAAUCACAAGAGACGUCCGGGAAACAGGGGAAGUAGAAUAUCGAGAGACUAUUAACCAAGCGGCUGACCCUUAUGCUGAUCCUUAUUAUGACAUGGAAAUGGAACGGUUUUGGCGAGGUGGACAGUAUGAAAAUUUCCGAGUACAAUACACAGAGGCUGAGCCAUACCGCUACCGAGAAAGAGAACGUGAAAGGGAUCGGGAUAGGGACCGUCAGCGGGACCGGGAUCGUGAGAGGGACAGAGAGAGAGAGCGAAGGCAGCGGGAAAGGGAACGAGAGAGAGAGCGGGAACGGGACAAAGAGCGCCAGAAGCGGAAAGAAGAAUAUGAGAGAGACCGAAGCAAAAGGGAUGAUAAAGAGCGAACAAAAGACAAGGAGAAAGAUAAAGAGAAGACAAAAACAAAAUCUCCUCUACUGCCAAGUCGGCCAAAUGAUGCACCAAAGAAGGAACCCUCCACUACAGCAGCAACAGCAGCAGCAGUACCUGCAAGCAACCCUGCCACUGCGGUUUUGUCUCCUGCUACGACCACACCUGCUGCAUCUGGUGGUAACUCAAUUAAAAGGGCAGAUGAGUGGAAGGAUCCUUGGCGUCGAUCAAAGUCCCCCAAAAAAAAACUUGGUAUCUCUGGGUCACCAAGCAGAGGGAGGAGGCGGCGACGCACUUCUGGUUCUUCUGCAUCAGCGUCCAAUUCAUCUGGGUCAUCAUCUCGUUCUUCUUCAUACUCUGGUUCUGGGUCAUCACGUUCUAGAUCUUCGUCUUACAGCUCCUACUCUAGUCGCUCAUCCCGUCACAGCUCUUUCUCAGGCAGCCGCUCCAGGUCUGGUUCCUUUUCCUCCUCACCCUCCCCAUCACCAUCUCCAUCUCCAACAAAAGCCCCUAACAAGACCAAAGGGGAAGCUGUUCCUGUUGCAGCCAAAGGGGAAAAACAAACUGUAAAGAAGCCAGCACCUCCCCCCAUAACUACUGCAGCUGUGAAGCCUCCAAAGGUUGGUCCUGAGCCACCAAAACCUGCAGAGAACCGAGUCAGCAGGCAGAAGGAGACAAAGAGGAAAGCUCCUACAAGGAGGAGAACUAUAAGUGGCAGUAUCAGUGGCAGUGUUAGCAGCUAUAGUGGCUCUAGUUCUAGAUCCCGGUCUGGUUCUCGCUCGGUUUCUAGGUCAUCACGUUCUACGUCUGCUUCAGUCUCACCUUCCCCAUCUUUGUCACGGAAAUCCAGGAAGUCCAGGUCCCUGAGCGUGAGUAGUGUCUCUUCUGUCUCCAGCGUGUCAUCUAGCAGCAGCUCAGUGCGCAGUGCAGAUUCGGAAGACAUGUAUGCUGAUCUCGCUAGCCCCAUAUCUUCAGCCAGUUCUCGUUCCCCAACUCCUGCCCAGGCCAAGAAGGAGAAAGUGGAAAAAACAAAGAAAGAAGAACGUGUCAAGGAAGAAAAGCGUGUACGUGACACCCCCACACAACCUCCAAAAACAAACACUUCAAAAGUCCCAAAACCUGUUACCAGUAGCAAAGCAGCUCAACAGCCUGUAGUCCCACCUCCAGCCCCAAGUGGUUUCAGUGCGCACAAGGACAUCAAAUUAACUCUUCUGAAUAAGGGGACAGAUAAAGGAAGUAGGAAGCGGUAUGAGCCAUCAGAUAAAGAUAGGCAGGGGUCUCCACCUGCCAAGAAGGCCAAUCUAUCGCCAGAUAGAGUAGUAAGGGACCGGAAACAAACUGGGAAACUGCCUUCACCUAAACUGGAACGCCAGCGGGUGCAAUACCCUAAACCAGCUCCAAAUCAGCCAGACAGAAAACGUCCUUUGUCCCCACCAUUGAAGAGUUCAAGCAAAGUUACAAGUAUUCCAGGGAAAACAGAACCUGCACCUGCAUCCACGGGUGCCAAAUCGGGAAAAGCCAGCACGUUGUCUCGCAGAGAGGAACUUCUAAAACAGCUGAAAGCUGUGGAAGAUGCUAUUGCACGCAAGCGAGCCAAAAUACCUGGCAAAGUAUAGCGCUAUCCCAGUAAUGAGGCGAAACAAUAGACUUCUGUGUUUUUAUACAUACAAGCUUGAGCGUGAAUGUGGCAUCAUUGGAUUUUGGAGUUGGGUACUCCCUCCCCAGCCCCCCAUUUUCUAUUUUAUUUUUUGGCUACGUCUUCUUCUUUUUUAUUUUUUUUAUUUACUGAAGAGCUGGACAUAUGCUGUAAAGAGAACUUUCCUGUAGGUGUGCAUCUUCAACCCAGCAGUUUGGUUGCACUCCCAUACUACUCUUUGUAAAACAGUGAAGAUGGUAUUCAAGAUUUGGAAUAAGAGAUACUUGAUUGAGUGAAUACUGUCUUUUUGAUCUCUCCUUAUCUUGACAAUGAGUUUUUUGCAGCCUGUUUUUAUUAAUAUUAUUUUUGUUUUUGUUUAUUUAGUUCCUUGUGACUUUCCAGCGUCUUUAGCAAAGAUUAUCCUCUGCUGUGCAAGCAAGACUCAAAUCUUCUGCUAGUACCUUUACACAUCUGCUCCUCCUUUCUUCAUGUGCCCCUCAUACUUCAUAGGAAAGCUAGACUAUAAAUAUAAAUAUUUCUGAAUUCAACCUCUGUCUGGAAUUAGACUUUUUAAAAGUAAUAGGCUGAUUUAUUUGGGAAAGAAGAGGGCAGCAGUACAAACCAAACCUGAAGAAACCAAUGCAGUGCUACUUGGUGGAAUAUCUGUCUGAUGUGGGACAUUUUUUGGGGGGUGGAUCCCCUGGAAUAAAGUAUUUUGAUAAAACA